GAGAUCGCCUCCCACCCCCACCCCGUCUCUCCCCCCUUCCUGCCCGGCACCACCACCAACUCCAGCAAGCGGGACCGGACAGUACAGGACAGCAAUGGGAGCGGAGAAGCCGAGCGGCGGAGAGGAGCGGGGCAAGGACGCGGAGGCUGCCCGGCGGCAGGGCGGCGCGGCGGGGGACAAGGGCAAGGCGGGCCGGGACAGCAAGUACAUGGAGCCAGACCCGCACAAAUGCUGCGGCUGCCGCUUCCCGCUACUCGUCGCCCUGGCACAACUGCUGCUGGCCAUCACUAUCACCGUGCUCGCCUUCAUCAUGAUGACCCUCAGCUCCUCCUUGCUGACCAGAGACACCCCUUACUGGGUCGGCAUCAUUAUGUGCGUGGCUGCGUUGCUUGGGCUGUACAUAUUCUGCGUCACGUACGAGAUCGAUGAACAGACGGUUCGCCAGUUUAUAGUGAAGCUGGUGUACUUCCUGCUCUGCACCCUGGGCCUGAUCCUCAGCAUCUCAGCCGUGGCCUUCGCUGGCAACCACUUGCAUCAGAUGACCGGCUUCAGCUGCCACAUGGAGCCGGACCACUGCGCCUGCAUCCAGGACCCCGAGGAUGAGAUCGCCCGCACCUUCCUCUACCGCGACGUCUCCAACUGCGAGGUGGUGACCAGCACCGUCAAGCUCUACCUGCUGCUGCAGGUGGUCCUCAACCUGGUGCUGGCCCUGGUCUGCCUGCUGGGCUGCUACCUGAUGUGGAAGCACAGGUACCAGGUGUUCUUCGCCGGCCUCCACUUCCACCCCUUCAAGAGCCCCACUCAAAAGCCGCAGAAGGUCUAGUUUGCCAACCCUGGUGCCAACGUCUGCUGCAGAUAAGGCAUUGCUCCCAAUGUUAAAGGUGGACAAAAAUGCUGGAGAAACUCAGUGGGUGAGGCAGCUUCAAUGGAGCGAAGGAAAUAGGCAACGUUUCGGGCCGAAACCCUUCUAGGGAGCGAAGGAAAUAGGCAACAUUU